GCAUUACUGUAGCGACGAGGGAAUGGAUAAGGCCCCGAGCGCUCCUUUCCUCUCGUCUCCCACAGCGACCAAACCUAACCCACGCCUCCUCUCCUGCCACCGCCACCUCCUCCUCGCGACCCCGCCUCCUCCCCUGGCGCCGCCGCCUCCUGGGCCUCGCCCUCACCGGCUCCCAGCGACCCGCCCUCCUCCCCUGCUGCCGCCUCCAGCCCAAUCCCCUCACAGGCUUCCUCUUUCCCUACACUCCCCCGAUGCCACCACUUGUGCUUGGCAGAAGGAGUGGCUGCGAUGAUGGCAGAUGCGUGAGGAGGACGAGGAGGAGGCCGUGGUCAUGGCGGCGCGACGGAUAUCAUGUUCGGGCGGCGUAGUUGGUCGAGGCAGAGGUGCCAGCGCGCAGGGUCGCAGUCGAGCUCGCCAUCUCAUUCCCCAUCUCUUCUCGUUGCACGUCCCCCUCUUUCUAAUCCCCUUCCUCUCCACAAGUUAUCUUUUUAUUUUCUGAAAUAUGUAUGUUUGCUCAUUCGGCGUCCAUGGAUGCUAGAGAUGGAGGCCUUGAUAGGAGGAGCUUGAGCCGAGGAGCGCGCCCUCGAUCCGGGCUCAGCAGGGGGAGGGGAGAAGCAGCCACGCCGGCCUCGUCGCAAUGCGUGCAGCAAGCUGAAGGCGCGGCAAGAGCGGCGGUCAAGACCACCGUCACGGCUUCCGGGGACCACGGUCGAGGAGAACCAAUCCUAGACAGCGAUGUGUCUGCAUUUCUCCCAAGCAAAGGAAACGGGAAGUUCCUUAAGAAAUUUGUUGGCCAUGUGAAUGUGUGGGCGGCAAGGAAGGAGGAUAAGAUCAAAGUGAAGGACGAGUACAACAAUUAUAGGGAUAGGUCUGCCUAUAUGUUCCUGUUGUUUCCAUCCACUCUCCUCUUACUAAGAUGGUGGGUGUGGGAUGGGUGCCUUCCAGCAUUGACAGUUCAGGUGUACCAGGCUUGGUUAUUAUUCCUCUACACAAGUUUUGCUUUGGAGGAGAAUGUGUUGCUUGUAAAUGGAAGAGAUAUCCGUCCUUGGUGCACGCUUAAAAUGCAGAGUUGUUACAUGCUUGAACCAUCCAGGGCAUCGAAGUUCAGUCAAACCAUCAAGGGGCUAUUAGCGAACACUCAUGUUCCAGGAACCAUGUUUUAUGAAAGAAUAUUUUUAGGUUUGUAUUACAGAACUUAACAGGAUUCAAGAAACAGUUGGCCCUUUUUUAUGGAGUAUCAGUCUUGAUGUUAAUAACCUGGGUGCAUUUGCAAUACAACUUUGGGCAAUUAGCAAUAUUGUUUCUAUGGAUGUCCAAAAAUCAGUUUCAUGUAGCUUGGCAAAGAAACUUUGAAUCAUGAAUAUUUUAGCAAAUGCAGUAAAUGUUUCCAUAUU